UCUAUCUCCAGAUGGUGGCAGUGGUGCAACUCUUCAGCGUGCAAGUUGCUCUUCUAGCUCAAAGAAGAAGAAGAACAACAACAGGGCCGUAGAAGAAGAAGAAGAAGAAGAAGAAGAAGAGCAGCAGUGGUGUUGUGUCUCAGCGGCUCCAGACUUCCAGACAACUUUCAUCAGAGACUUAAUUAAACAACCGGAACCACAACAUUUCAGCGGGUUGUCCGUUUGGAAAGAAUCGUGACUGUUCAGCGGAACUCGAGAAACCAGUUUACUCAGUCCAGGGGAGACCAGUUCAACAUGGACGCCCAGCAAGGAGCUCCGGGACUCUCUGGUGGACAUGUACAGAGCUAAUCCAAGAGUGAAUGUGGAGCUGAGACAGCGACUGCCCUCACCUGCACCACAGCAACCUAGCAACUUGACACAGCAACUCAGCAACUCAAUACAGCAACUGUGCAGCCCUGACAGAUCUGGGACCAGCCUGAGCCUGGAUCACACCGACUGGCCUCAGGCCCCUCAUCACCUCCCAGAGCCUCCUUCCUCCUGCUCCCCCUCUCCUUUGUUCUACAGGAGGUCUGUCUCUCCUGUCUCACCCGUCUUCCACAGGAAGUCUGUCUCUCCCGUCUCACCCGUCAUCCACAGGAGAUCUGCCUCUCCUGUCUCACCCGUCUUCCACAGGAGGUCCGUCUCUCCUUUGUCCUCCAGACCUCCAGGAGGUGCAGGGCAGGUGGAGAUGGAACUUUCACCCAGCCGAGGCCCUUCUCCUCGGGGAGACAGCUGUGGAGACGGCCCUGAUGGAGGACGAGCAUCCAGAGGUCCUGGUAGUCCCGUCCUCAGACGACACCUGGUCAGCCCUGAUGACAGCUCUCAUCAGGAAGUCACGUUUGGUCCGAGCACAGCGUCAAGUCGAGGUCCGACGUUUGAUCGAGACAAAAACAUCUCGUUUUUACUGAAGGAGCUCGACGCACUCAGAGACAUGAACAAGAAGCUCCAGGAUGAGCUGGUCCAGAAGGAGAAGGAGCUGCAGAGGAGGGAGGUGGAGGAGGAGCUGAGGGAGGAGCAGAGAGAGGCCAGAGACUGGGAGAGACCUGCAGCGGUGUUGGAGGAGGUGUUAGCUGCUCAGAAGGACAGAGAUCAGGCUCUGAUGUCACGACUUCUGUUGGCCAAUGAAGAGAGAGAUGAAGCUCUUCUUCGUGCACGCCAACUGCAGCAGGCCGCUGAGCUGGACGGUGUUCACCUGGAGGACACUGACAUGGACGUGGACGAGCUCCUUCGGUGUAUUUGCGACGCCGACUCUGUCCAGGAAGUUGAACAGUUUGGUUCAGUUCUGGUUCAGCGUUUGCGGUUGGCGAGGCAACGGAGAAGUGACAUCACCGCUCAGGAGAUGAAGGCCGUGAUGGAGGAGAGAGACACCUCAGUCGCUAAGUGUAAACGUCUAGAACAGGAAGUAAUCCAGGAGCGAGAGCAGAGGCUGAGUGAGGUGGAUCAGCUGAGACUUCAGAGAGAGAGGGGCGGAGCUCUGGAGGACCGUUCACAGAUGGAGGCGGAGCUACAGGUGCUACGAGCCAGCCACAGCUCUCAGGACCUCCUCACCGCUCCUCCCUCACUGCACAGUGAUGGCAUCUCUCCAGCGGAUUCGUUGACGGCAGCUCAUCAGGCCCCGCCCCUGCAGGUCCAGGUGCAGCAGCUGGCAAAGGAGAAGCAGAGCAUGGAGGCGGAGCUUCAACGUUGUCAGGCGGCGGAGCGAGAGGCCAGAGAGAGAGUCCGCAGGCUGGAGCGUCUUGUUGAGGUCCUGAGGAAGAAGGUCGGGACGGGAAACCUCCGAGCCGUCAUCUGAUGUUUUGCUGAAAUCAAUGAACACUCAGUUUUUUCCUGUUUUCUGUCGUCAGGUUUGUCUAAAGAUUUUUUUUUUUAAUUUUUACUCUUUAUAAACAUGUUGUGUUUUUGAGUAUUUCGUCUCUUUUGAUGUUUCUUCUGUUUAUCUUAUGUUUCUACUCAUGAAAUAUUUCUGAUAAUGUAUUUGAAUUGAUUUUCAGAUGUUUGACGGUGAAUCAAAUAGACUUUUGUUUUUGGUACUUUUGUUAAAAAUAUGUUUAUGAUGGCUGUAUUCUUUUUUUUUCUUAAUUUUGUGUUGGCUUGCAAUAAAAUGUUAUUACUAAUUUUCCA